GCACCGUUGUCCAUUUUCUUCUCUCCAGCCAGUACCUCUGGUGUGGGCUAACCAUUGCCUUGUCUCUGCCUGGCUAUCUCGUCCAGCUCCUCAGCUUUGUCUGGUUCCAGGCAGACGGGCACAGAUGUUGCUGCGCUCUGGUGAUGCUGCAUGCCCUGCAGCUGGGGAUUUGGAAACGGCAUCAGUGCUGGACUGUCCCUGCUCUCCCUCUCCUGGGCACUGGUCUCUUAUAGUCGCUUUGCAUGCCUGAUGAAACCAGGACAUCUCUACAUGCCAGCGGCUGCCCUCCUGUGCCAGCUUUUGUGGAGGAUGGGGAUGCUGGGGACCCGGGUCAUGGCUCUGGCUUUGUUUGCAAGAGUCUAUCCUAUCUGGGUUUUUGCCGUUGCAGGUGCUCACUGGCUAGUGAUGUCUUUCUGGCUGGUGGCUCAGCAGACGGACAUCAUCACAAGUCCCAGUCGCUGGAGACUCUUUAACUGCCUGGUAGGAGCCACGUAUAUCUUCUGCUACAUUAACUUCCGGGACGGCCCCUCCAGGUACAGGGUGGCUGUGUUUUAUGUGAUCAUGCUGGUUGAAAACAUCCUCCUCUUGUUGGUGGCUGCAGACCUGCAAGGCGCACUGUGGAGUAGCCUGUGCCAGGCUGGGGUUGUCCUGUCGGGAUUCGUUAUCGGCUGUGCGGCACUGGUCAUUUACUACGGCCUGCUCCACCCCAAGUCCACGGAGAUCUGGCAGAAAGCCCUGAAGACAUCCUGCAGCAUCAUGGCUGCUUGGGGGAAUGGGCCAGAAGGAUCCUCUUUGCCAUCCAGAAACCAAGCGGGAGGGCGCUUUGGAUUUCCAGGCCUGGAAGAUGUGGACUCCUCAACAGUGGUACCUGCCUGGUCUGUACCCGGCGUGCAGGGCGACUCCUCACUGGGAGAGCCCAGAGGCCAGACUGCCCUGGAGAACAACUGGGCCAACCACCACCACUGGCUGCUGGUAAAGCUGGCUUUGAAGACCGGAGACGUGUCCAAGAUCAAUGCUGCUUUCGGAGACGGGGGCAUUGGGGAGGUUUAUCCUGUAGGCGGGGUGGUGAGUCAGUACCCCAACGCCAAGGCUGGGAGAUGGCCUGUUACUCCUAAACCCCGAGCGGGGGAAGACAAGCAGCCAGUAGCUGAGAAUGGAGCUGGGGAAGGCCUGAGCAGGAGAGAGGAGACUUCUUACAUGACUUUGGCCAGCAGAAAGCCUGGUACUUUGAUCUCUGUAAGAACAGCGCAAGAGGCAGCACCAUCCGGCCUCGUGGCGUCCAGGGGGAAACAUGAUGUUCAAAGCAGCCAAGAGAGAGACAGCUCCGACCCACGCCUUGGAGAGAGCAGUGCCAGAGGGGACCCAGACUUGCUGCCCCCCAGCCACCUCCCAGCAGGCGCAGCCCAGGCACAUGACGGCUCCACCGUGUACUUCAGUGCCGAUACAGGCAGCAUCGCGCCCGCUAGCAUGGGAAGACAUGCGUGCAGCGACUCUGCCAAGGGCCUCACAGAGCUGGACGGGGGUGGCAAGCCUGUACUGCCUAACCUGGCAGGUGAAAGAGAGGACUUCCCAGUCCUCGUGGCUAACAUCAGCCCCAUACUGGCCACGGGCCCACAUAGCCAUCUGCAGAGCCCUUCCUCCCUGUGCUUUGCCAGUCCCUGCAGCACCUCCCGUCCCCCCAAGGAAACUUCGGAGCAUGAAGGAGCCCUGGGGGCACCGUGUCCCCACUGGGACACCCUGUCUGUUGGGAUAUGGGUGGCGAUGGCAAAAAGGAAGCUGAGGCCAGCUGAGGAGCCGUGCUUCACAUCCACCCCCAAGUCUCACCCCGCAGGCCAGGACUGCAGGCGGAGGGAGACGAUGGAGGGGAUGAAGCUCGCUGCAGCAUUGGAGUGAGGCUGUGCAAUGCCCACCUGGUGCCGUCUCUUUGGUGUCCAGCUGAGUGUUAAUGACCUACCCUUAUACCACCCGCAGGCACGCACGGUUCUUGUCUCUGGGCGCUGUCCCUUCCUCCUGCGGUGGGCCUGUCAUUAGAUUUCCCCUCCUUCCUUCCUGCCAUGCCAGAUAACUCUUUGCUGCUGGGCUAUCUCCUGACACUCAGGCUCCAGCGUUGGUAUGCAUUUCUCUCCACUACGUUGCCCGGGCUCUUCGACAGACAGGCAUUGAGCAUCACAGCAAAAUUAGACUGGCAGAGCCUCCUAUCAGCCACGCUCCACAACUCUGGCCUCAUGGAGAUGGCCCGCCAGUCGUGAUAGUAUUUAGUUGUACCUUGGGGAUGCCAGCAGUAAGAUGGGAGGUCACUUAGCAGGACUGACGUGUUAUGCAAGGGACUCCUCUGCAGGAGGCAAUGAAGGAGGUGACCCAGCAAUGGGAUGCAGGCCCUUCCAUGGCACAACAUAAAGGCACAAGAGGAUGAAUUGUCCUCCCGACUUUCAGCCGUCUGUUGGAGCUGGCUCCAAGUAGAUAGUUGUUGGCUGUUGCUGGGCGGAGGGCUGGACUCGAUGAUCUUCCGAGGUCCCUUCCAGCCCGAAUGUCUAUGAAAUCUAUGAAAUCUAGGUCUCCUGCUUUCAGGGACAGUCAUCAGAAAGAACCAGAUGGGCUGUAGAGAGACAGUAUAAACCAGUGGAUGGAGCAGGAGGCAGGACAGCUGGGUUCCUGUCCCUGCUCCACCCACCACCAGCCUACCAGGUCAAGUUGGGCAAGUCACCUCGCCACUUUUGUGCCUCCAUAGCCCCAUUUUACAGAUGGGGAAGCUGGCCCUCACUGCCUUUUCCUCAAGUGCCUUUAGCUCAGUUGAUUCACAAGGCUGUAAGAGAGCUAGUUGUUCAUAGAUCUUGAGGGUUGGAAGGGACCUUGUGGUGAUAAACUGCAGGGGCAGGAAAUCCUGCGGUAACCGAGCUAGACCACGGGCUGCUAGUUCUCACCCUGCAGCAUUGUCCCACAGAUGACUCGUGCACAGCAAGACCUGUAUUUUUCAAGAAUGACUAAUAGGUUUUGGUGUCACGUUGAACCUUGGUGCCCAAAGCAGUCUCCUCAAGGUUGGUGCUCUAAAGAUGUAGGCCCCUUGAAGGCAUCUCAGGUUGAGAACGCUGAGGCCCCCAAAAUUCACUAGAUGCUGCAGAAGAGUUAAGCCCAGUGCUUUUAAGUUAGAGCAGAUGUUUGUAAUGAGGGAACUGCCUCCAGAUGGAGGGUGUGGGAUGGAGCGCUGUUGCCAAUGGGACUGCUAAUGCCAAAGGGAGACCGCCUGGCUUUGGCAACCAGGACAGGCUGUGCUCAGCAGUAGUACUGACACUCUUCUUUGCUGUGUCCUAGCUCUGCUGCCUGCCACCCGGAGAAGUGCAGCCUUUUUUUUUUUCCUAUAAAGCCUAGUGUUGCCUAUUUAUUAACUUAUUUAGACAUUAACCUUAUUAAGCGACUAAAGCAGGUUGCCUUUUGUGUAUCCCUUACAAGAGCGUGGAAGGUGUCACUCAGCAGCAAUCCUUCCAGAUGGGUCUGGUACCAGCUGCUUACUGGUUCCCGGUCCAGAGAUGCUCCUGUUGCCUGUUUCUGCUUGCUGUUUAAGUGGGUAGCUAUGCUGCUUCCAGGGCACUCAUGGGAGUGUCAUUUGCAAACCACCCACCGUCCUCAAAUGAACCCCCUGAGGGUUGUCUUUCCUCUAGCAGAAGCCCUCUGCUUUGCACCUGCGUUAUCCCAUCCAAUAAAACAACCGCCAGACAGGUGGGGCUGGCUGCAGAGUGGGGUAAGGAGGACAGGCAUGAAGUUGAGGCGUGGACAAGCAAUCCUGGCUGCCUUUGCUCUCUGUUAAUUUAACUCAUUUUAAUCUGAGUUGAUUUUUUUUUGGACGUGAACCCUCUGGGCUUGUUUCCAAAGACCAAGGCUCCUGUAUUGCAUUUGCAUACUACUGUCACACUGAACCUAAUUUUAACACAACUAACUAUACCGUGCUACUUUUUACAGCAUUUGGAUGGUACUCAGCAUGGAAAGAAUUGGUUGCACGGAGCUGUUCCACUGCCGUCACUCUGCAGUGUAGCAGAAAGUGUCAUGUGGAGCCGUUGCUCAAGUUUUGUAAGCUUUUACCAUUGGGCGUAUCUUGGACAAGCUGCUCGUGUCUGAGACGCUGUUUUUAAAAACUACUAAAA